GCCCUUAGGUGUCACUAUUCGCAGUUACGAUCAGGCAUUUAACUGCUUGUCGCGUUCUACUAGGAACGUCGAACACGCCUGCGCCAGUGUUUAGUCACAGCCUCGAGUCGCAUCCAGACCACAACCAUGUCCGACAGAAGCAAUACCGCCCGAGUUCAACGGCCGUCGCUGUCCUCCAGCAUGAGAAGCAGCUCGUACCUCCAGGAGCACCAGCAGUACCGUGCCCCCAAUAAGCCUGAGGGGCACUAUGGCAUCGACACGGUUGUCGAGGACAUGAACGCGACAUCGAUCGCGACCUUGCCAUCACCCAUUGUCCCUCCUAAGGGCGUCGCCCGCUUCAAGGGCAUUCCUUCUCCUGAGCACCCGCCGACCAUUGUCGAGAGUGGGCUGAGCCACGAACUCUCCCACCCCAACUGUACCCCGGCUCCCGGCACCAGAAGCGACAAACUCGUCGCAACUCUCUACUACAAGUCCACGGCGCCCCGCAUCUCCAAUGCUAUUCCUUCGCCCCAGCAGGCGUCCUCUCCGGCCGGGAGCCAGUCACCCAAGGGUCGCGCCGCCGACUCUGAGAUACCCGGUAACAUGGCCCCGACCAGCAGCCUCGACACAUUCCCCCUUGAGCCGCCCACUGCCGAACCAGAACCUCUCGACCACCUCUACGGCUCCUACGUCUCGCCCAUGUGCAUCACCUCUUUCCUCCACCUCAUGUCUAGCUUCCCGCUACCUCCCGGCGCUUCUGACCUGAACUCGGCCCACCGCUGCCUAAAGCUCGAUCAGACCCCCGACCACCACCCACUCGUGGUCGAGUUGACUCUCUCUCCCGGCCCUUCGCUUGACUAUCUCCCUCUUGCGGAUCUGCGCAAGCACGAGCUUAUUUACCGGUUCGAGCGCGAGUGGAACGUCGAUGUCGCCCUGCGUGCCGACUCUCUUUUCCGCAGGUAUCCUCGCCUAGUCGUCUUCGAUAUGGACAGCACUCUUAUCACACAGGAGGUUAUCGAUCUCCUCGCUGCUACUAUCAAGGACCCGCCCGACCUUGCCGCCCGCGUUGCCGACAUCACCCACCGCGCCAUGUUAGGCGAGCUUGAAUUCGAUUCCGCCUUCCGCGAGCGCGUGAAGUUGCUCACUGGCCUCCCUAGCACCCUCUUCAACGAUCUUCGUCCCGUUCUAGAGGUUACCAACGGCGUGCGGCCCCUAUUGCGCGCCCUUAAGCGCCUUGGUGUCAAGACCGCCGUUCUCUCUGGUGGCUUCCUACCUCUGACGAGCUGGUUGGCUGGCGAGCUCGGCCUCGACUAUGCGCAUGCGAAUGAGGUGGUUAUUGACGACGCGACUGGUCGUCUGACUGGUGAGGUCAAGGGUCGCAUCGUCGGCGCGGAGCGCAAGCGCGAGCUGCUGAUCGAGAUUGCGGGCAAGGAGGGCAUUCCGUUGGAUCAGGUGGUGGCGGUAGGAGACGGAGCGAACGAUCUGCUCAUGAUGGAUGCGGCCGGUCUGGGUGUCGCGUGGAAUGCAAAGCCGAGGGUGCAGAUGGAGGCGAGCGCGAGGCUAAAUGGCGAUAGCUUGCUUGAUCUGCUUUACCUGUUUGGGUUCAACGACGAGGAGAUUUCGCAGCUCAUCCAGUAAAGGAGCAAUUGUGAGUCAGACGGGGAGUAAUAACAUACGAUUGGGAUGGGACAGCAGUUCUUAGAGGGGCCAUUAGUCUAUCAUAACGGCCACGUACAUGGUAUGCCGAUGGGAGUCUGGGAUGGAUAUGGUUUCU